AAUAAUUCUCUUUGAAUUUGACUACGUUUGACACAGAUGUGAUUGAUAAGAAAUUUUUAAUUGACUUUAUUUACGCUGGAUUGCACGUACGGCUUUGUUACUUAUAAAUGGUUUUAAAUUUAUACAUAUUUGCAGAUUUUUACAGUCCACAUCGAAGAUACGCGUGUGCCCAUCUGGAUAAUUCUAUUCUAGCGACGUCCCGAGGAAUGUGAUUGGACUCAUUGUUAUGUGCUACAUUUGCAAUUGUUUCGCGUGGACUCUCGAUUUGGUGCAAAGGUUCAUCACAUUCGCACUAGGAUGUGUGAUGUCUCUGGCCAUAUGCUGCGGAAUGGCGGUUGCGAUAGUGGCCGGUAUCGCCUACGGUUACAAUUAUUCUCUGGCCGAAUUCCUGACCUUUUCACGGUCUGACAUUACGGUGUAUAUGCGUCGAGGACAGUUUUUGGAUAAACCAGACCUUCAAUCCUCCAGAAGAUCUGGCGACGACACUUAUGAUUUACUAUCUUCAAAUAUCACAUCGGACUAUCAAGAGGAAAGCCUCCCUGAAGACACAAACCCACUCUCCAACACAUGGCUAAAAGCCGAAGACACUAGAAAAUAUGCAGAAAAACUCACAAAAUACUCGUCAAAGAACAGAAUCAAAGAAAACCUGUUGGAACCAGUGAUGAGAGCCAACAACCAGUAUUACAAAUUAACAACACCACCGCAACGGCAGAUUUCGGUUGUACCAAACCGUGGAAUGCCAACAGUAAUGGUACAAAGUGGCUCAUCGGAUAUAAUCAUGAGAGAAUUCCGGCCCGUUGAGCAACUAACUUCGAAUCCUGUCGACAGAGAGUAUGAUUACAUUAAUUUUGAUAAGAGCGAAAAGGCAAAAUCAGAAGCUAGUGAACAGACCACUGGAGCGGACACGGACGAUGUCGAAAUACAAAUGGAUAGUACGAGUAAGUACGCCCCAAUGAGAUCUUGGGGUAGGACUAAUAGUCCACGCAUUGUUAUGGACUACCCAACAGAAGAUACUGAUGAAGACAAUAUAGUCUACAAACCUGUGUAAACAUUUGAAAUAAACAUAUCCUGAUUUUGCUA